AGAGCAUGACUGGUCCUUUGACGUGGAAUAUUUCCGUAAAGAGACGAUGGAGGAGUCGCAGCAGUAGCGUGCAGCUCGAAGCUAUCCCGUAUUAACCUUAAAUCGAGACGGGGAUUUAGCCUUGAAUCCCGGUCAGAUCCGGGUUCGCGGGAGUCUUUCACGGACUGCUCCCUUUCUUGUCCCCCCUCCCCCUUCUCCCUCCGCUCAGCUACAAUCAUGAUUAAAGCCAUUUUAAUAUUCAACAACCAUGGGAAACCGAGGCUAUCUAAAUUCUACGAGCAUUAUAGUGAAGACACAGAACAACAGAUCAUCAGAGAAACCUUCCAUUUGGUCUCAAAAAGAGAUGAGAACGUCUGUAAUUUCCUAGAAGGUGGAAUGUUGAUUGGAGGAUCAGACUACAAGCUGAUCUACAGACACUACGCCACGCUGUACUUUGUGUUCUGUGUGGACUCCUCAGAGAGUGAGCUAGGAAUUUUAGACUUAAUCCAGGUAUUUGUGGAAACGCUGGACAAAUGCUUUGAGAAUGUCUGUGAGCUUGACUUAAUUUUCCAUGUAGACAAGGUCCACAACAUUCUGGCAGAGAUGGUGAUGGGUGGGAUGGUGCUGGAGACCAACAUGAAUGAAAUCAUCACACAGGUGGAUGCCCAGAACAAGAUGGAGAAGUCUGAGGCCGGUAUUGCAGGAGCUCCUGCUCGUGCCGUAUCAGCUGUAAAGAACAUGAACCUCCCGGAAAUGCCCAGAAAUAUCAACAUUGGUGACAUCAGCAUAAAAGUGCCAAACUUACCUUCCUUCAAAUAGUGGCAGCGAGAUCCUCAUCCUGCAGAUGUCAGCCAAUGUUUACCGUGAUGCAAUCUGUUUACCAAAACCUCAAAUAAGUAACUUUUAUCAAAACUCUACAUCUUGAAGGUACUGUGUGAUUUUUGUUCUGGUGUUAUCUCUUUGUUUUUACAAUUAAACAAAAUAAUGUUUUACAUGUUUUGGUUUGUUUUUCUGUUUGAAAGAAGAAUUAAGUAUUUAUUUAUCGGUGGUACAUUCCUUCUGCCUCAUUGGAGGUUGGCCCUUGACGCUCAGCUGCUACAGUACAGAUCUGUGUCGGUUUGUCACUGAAAUUUUUUCACUUACUGAAAUGUUUACUUUCUGAAGAGAAAGCUUCGCAUGUUGGGAAGUUUUGAGAUAGUCUUACCGGUUUGGUUACUCCAGACUAGAAAAAUCAAUCAAUGGUAGAAAAUGUUGUAAAUGGAACAAUUUUUGAACAACAAACUGGAACAGAUCUGCUACAGUAUUGGAAAGUCACUCCUUAUAGCUUGUUUGUAAAAAUCAAUGCAAACAGCAAAGAAUAUUAUUAUAUUAAAAAUGUAUGCUGAUAUAUGCUGAAAUUAUGUUUUUCUUUCCUUAUUUGUAUGCAGAAUAUUUUUAAAUGAUUUAUCAUGUCUUAUCAAAUAAUUCUCUUAAUUUCAAUCUGUGCAUGACUUUUUUUUCUCUCCUUUUACAACAUA